AGAGUGGACUUACUUCAAUCCAAUAUUAGGUUGCUCAAAUUGAAAAAAAAAAACUUCAAAAAUUCCAAAACGAAGAUUUUCAGUCCAGAUAAAAAUUUACAGGCCGGCAUUCGUGAUUAUAUGAAUUUGCCUUUUAGAUAAGUUUUAUCGGAGUGGGAAUUCGUAGAAAUCCAGCUGAAAUUGAGAAGAAAUUACGAAGUAAUCGGCGGCCAUGAAUUCUCCGAUCGCUCUAAAUCGACGCCAUGGCACAAACCCAACCCCAGGCCUCAAAAACCCUAAACCAUACAAAAUCCUCAAAAUUUCUCACAUUAAAUUACCUUGUACGAUGUUCACAAACUCCUUCAGAACUUUCUGUUUUGUGAAUAAUCCUUUUACGGAUAAAUUCCCGUAUAAAGCUCGGAAUUUUGAAUUGUGUCGAUUGAGGGCUUCAUCAAAUGAUGCUCAAUCUAUUGCGGGCACUUCUUUUGGCGACCAAAGUGAAGCACGAGCGUCGAGUUUUUUGGAAUUUAUUACUUCAGAGAGAGUCAAAGUGGUGGCGAUGCUUGCAUUAGCUCUGGCAUUGUGUAAUGCUGACCGUGUUGUCAUGUCGGUGGCUAUUGUGCCGCUGUCACUCGCUCAUGGUUGGCGUCAAUCUUUUGCAGGUGUUGUUCAGUCGUCUUUUCUAUGGGGAUACAUGAUAUCACCUAUAGCUGGAGGGGCACUGGUGGACUAUUAUGGUGGUAAGGUGGUCAUGGCGUGGGGAGUGGCUUUGUGGUCUUUGGCCACUUUCCUUACUCCUUGGGCUGCAGAAACAUCUGUGUUGGCACUGCUUGCCAUGAGAAUACUGCUCGGCAUAGCAGAAGGUGUAGCGCUUCCUUGUAUGAACAAUAUGAUUGCAAGAUGGUUUCCUCAAACAGAACGCGCAAGGGUUGUAGGACUAGCAAUGGCUGGUUUUCAGCUUGGAAGUGCUAUUGGACUUACACUUUCUCCAAUCCUCAUGUCACAGGGUGGUAAGUAUGGACCAUUUGUAAUAUUUGGAUUAUUUGGUUUUCUCUGGGUGUUAGUUUGGGUAUCUGCAACCUCGAGCACUCCGGAGCAGAGUCCACAAAUAUCAAUGUAUGAGUUGAGGUACAUACAGCACAAGGUGGCCAUACCCUCUCUCUCAAGGAAUGAACAGAAAACAAGACAAGUCAUUCCUCCCUUUAGGCGAUUGCUCUCUAAGCUACCUACUUGGUCUCUAAUUGUUGCAAAUGCCAUGCACAGCUGGGGAUUUUUUGUUAUACUUUCAUGGAUGCCAAUUUACUUUAAAACGAUAUAUCAUGUUGACCUCAGAGAAGCUGCAUGGUUUAGUGCUGUUCCAUGGAGCAUGAUGGCUGUAGUUGGCUACUUUGCUGGGUUUUGGUCAGACAUGAUGAUUCAAAGAAGCAUAAGUGUUACUUUGACUCGCAAACUUAUGCAGUCAAUUGGAUUUAUUGGGCCUGGCAUUGCUCUCAUUGGUUUAACGACAGCAAAAAGUCCAGGACUAGCAUCUGCUUGGCUUACUGUAGCUGUUGGACUGAAAGCAUUUAGUCACUGCGGCUUCCUUGUGAAUCUUCAGGUCUCUCAAAUACCGCCGGCUCAUUCGCUGCUGUGGUGGGAACAGUCGGUGCUGGUUUCUUCGUCGAACUAGUCGGUUCUUUCAAGGGUUUUUUAUUGCUGACAGCAUUUCUGUAUUUCUCUGCUGCUUUGUUCUGGAAUAUCUUUUCUACAGGUGAGAGGGUCAAUUUUGAUGAAGCUGCUUAGUUUUCCUCGGAUCUGAGAUUUCAGUUCGAUUUGGUUCGAGGUUGUGGGAAAAUUAUAUUGCAUAUAUUUAGAAAGGCUGUGAUUAUAAUGGUGGUAUGUUCCUCUAGGUAGAUUUUUGUCAUAUUAAACGUGUAAAUAGUGGUCUGCCCAGAACCCACACAGAAGAAAAGAGUGUAAGUAAUACAAGAUUUUAGA